AUGAAAGGAAUUGAUGAUUUGUGGCAAACAGAUCUCGUUGAAAUGAUAAGCUAUGCAGUACAAAAAAACGGUUAUCGUUACAUUUUAACAGUAAUAGAUACAUUUUCGAAAAAGGCUUGGGUUAUGGCGGUGAAAAACAAAAAUGCUCAAUACGUAAUGAAUGCUAUGAAGGGAAUUUUUGAGAAAAAUCAUCGCAAACCGAAAAAUUUGCAAACUGAUAAUGGUAAAGAGUUUUUCAAUAAUCAAUUUCAUCAAUUGAUGCAAAACAAUCACAUUAAUCACUAUUCAACAUAUAGCGUUCUGAAGGCGUCCAUAGUAGAACGGUUUAAUAGAAUAUUAAAAGGAAUGAUGUGGAAAGAGUUUAUUUUUCAAGGAACCUAUAAAUGGAUUCAUAUAUAUAAGGACCUUUUCGAUAAAUACGAUAACACAUUUCAUAGAACGAUGAAAAUGACACCAAAGCAAGUGAAUUCUUCAAAUGAGAAAUCUCUUCUGGAUACGGUAUACAGCAAUUUAAAAAUAUUCAAAAGACCAAAGUUCAAAACAAAUGAUUAUGUACGAAUAAGUAAAUAUAAACAUCAAUUUGAGAAGGGCUACACACCCAAUUGGACUACGGAGAUCUUUAGAGUGAAAACUAUAAGAAAUACAAAUCGAAAUACAUAUUUGCUUGAAGACUAUCAGGGGCGUGAAGUUAAAGGUGGAUUUUAUGAAUAUGAAUUAAUGAAAACUAAGUUUCCCCAAACGUAUUUAGUUGAAAAAGUUGUAAAGAGAAGAGGAAAUAUGGUCUAUGUUAAAUGGUUUGAUAAUUCGUUUACAAAAAAAGAAUAUGACAGUUACACAUCAUACUUACAAUCAUUUAAAAAUAAUGAUGAAAUUCGUAUACCAAUUCAAAAUCAAGAUUUCUAUGCCUUACCAAGCGAAAGCUUUCUAUAUAUUGAAGGAACUGCAUCAAAGGAAGAUGGCACAAUCUCUAAUAGCAUAAAACUGUUAAAUAAUUGUAUGGCGCAUCUAUUUGAUGAAAUUCGAUAUGAACUUAACGGUAUAGAAAUUGAUCGUACACGUCAUUUGGGUAUUACAACGGAAAUAAACAAUUUCCCAUCAUUGAAUAAACGUGAGAGUGAGAACCUAUUGAAUGCAGUAUGGUCGCCAUUUAAUAACGAUGAACUCACUAUUGUAAGCGAUUAUUUCAACUUUUGUAUACCACUCAACAUGCUGCUUAGAUUUACGGAAGAUUUCAAUAAAACCAUAGAUAAUUCCGAACAUGAACUGAUUUUACUACGAUCUAAAGACAAUAAACAAGCUAUUACAACUACCUUGGCAAACGAACAAAUUAAAUUAAGUAUUUUGAAUACUACAUGGAAAAUGCUACAUGUUCAACUGGCUGACGCUUACAAAUUGGAGGUGUUUAAAAAAAUCAAUUCUCGCCAACCGUUAAAUAUAUGCUUCAGAACUUGA